CCUUAUUGACUAAUAGAAACAUGUCAUAUGUGUAGGCGUAAUUUUGACUUUCAAUAAAUUCAAACACAAAGUGCACAUCAUAAUAUUCAGCAGUAUUAUGGAAUAUUUAACAAUUGUAUCACUUCAUUAUUAAUUGUUUGUUUUGUGAAAUAAGUAUUGACCAUUGAAUUUAAUUAAACAGUGUUUAAAUUAUUCUACUUUCAUCAAUUAAAUAAUUAUAAUAUUAUUUCACUUGAUUCAAAAAAAAUAUUUACAUGUUUCUGGAAAAAAGAAUUAUUUUUUUCAAACAAUAUUGUUGAUUAGUGGUUGUUUUUCGAACAAAAAUGAGUUGAUCACUGAAAAAAUUCAUGCAGAAUGUCAGGCAUUAUAAUUACAUCUACACUACCUGCAGUCAAAGUUCAUAGAAAGUAUCAACAAUAUCAAAGAAAACAAUAUUCUUUGAAUGGAAUAAUUAUUUUAAUUUUAUUUAUCAAUACAUUAAAUUUUAAUUAUACAAAUGCAUUUGGAACUAUGGGUUAUUGGUGGAAUUUAGGUCUACUGUCAUGGAGAACAAUUCAUCAAAGUCCUGCAUUUCUUCUAGCACCAAAACCACUUUGUUUACGUGUUCAAGGUUUGACACAUUCACAAACUCAAUUAUGUCAACGUUAUUUUGAUCAUAUGCCUGUGAUAAGUAUUGGUGCAAAAUUAGGCAUUUAUGAAUGUCAACGACAAUUUCGAUUUCGACAUUGGAAUUGCAGUUCUGACAACGAAGCUUCCGCAUUUGGUCCGGUCACUUUAACAGGUAGUCGUGAAGCUGCUUUUGCUCAUGCAAUAUCUGCUGCUGGUGUUGUACAUGCAUUGGCAAGAAGUUGUAAAGAAGCUCGAUUAUAUUCAUGUGGUUGUAGUAAAGCUGAUCGACCAGAUCAACUUCAUCGAGAUUGGAUAUGGGGUGGUUGUGGUGAUAAUAUUGCUUAUGCUUAUAGAUUUGCUAAAGCAUUUAUUGAUGUAAGAGAAAAAGAGAAAAGUUAUCCGAGACAUUCAAAUGAAUUAGCACGUAUGUUAAUGAAUUUACAUAACAACAGAGCAGGUCGUUUGGCUGUUUAUAAAUUAGCUUCUGUAGCAUGUAAAUGUCAUGGUGUUUCUGGAUCAUGCAGUUUGAGAACAUGUUGGACACAAUUGUCUCCAUUCAAUCGUAUUGGUCGAUAUCUUCGUCAAGGCUAUGACGAAGCAGUUAAAGUUAAAUUCAACAGACGUGGAACAAGACUACGCCGAGCUAGCAGACAAUUACAUCGUGUCACACCAGAUCAUAUUACAUAUCUAGACGAAUCAUCAAACUAUUGUGAAUAUGAUCCAAUUACUCAAACUUCAGGUACAAGAGGUCGUGAAUGUUUGCCUAAUAGUACAGAUCAAGCAAGUUGUACUACACUGUGUUGUAAUCGUGGUUCACAACCACAAUUACGUGAAGUUCGUGAAAAAUGCCAUUGUCAAUUCAACUGGUGUUGUCGUGUUGAAUGUCAAACAUGUGUGAAAACUGAAGAAUAUCAUGUGUGUAACUGAAUUCAAUACACAAAUUGAUUACGGUUUGUUUUUAUUCGAAGAAUAUCUAGUAAACAAUAUUCUUAUUUUUAAUUUAUCUGUUGUUUUCUUACGAAUUUCUACCUCAUCAUCUAUACUAUUCUUGUUAAAAUAAUAAUAUGGUGUUAUCAGUUCAAUAGUGCUUCAAAAGAAAUCAAUUUUAGUGAAAAAAGAAAUACUUUAAUUGACAGCAAAAUACAUUUUAUAUAUAAACACUUAAUAUACUAUGACCAUUCAGUUAUAUUUUUUAAUGAUGCCAGCUUGUUUUUGAAAUUCAUUAAAGUUUAUUAUAUUUUGAUGUGUCAAUGAAUGAAAUCAAAUCAAGCAUGAAAUUCAUUGUGGCACUGAUUUACUACUUAUAUCAUCAGAGUAAUAACACAUAUACAUCUAUAUGUUCACUGUUAUAACAAUCUACUCAUUUUCUCAAUAAUCAUUAAUCACUUUGUUUUUUUUUUAUCAUAAAAUUCAACACAACUACACAUCAUUUGUAGAUACAUAAUGACUUAUGAUGUAUGAUUUGAUAUUUUUUAAAUAAAAAUUGUCAUUUGCAUUUCUUCUCCUUGGUUUUUUUCUCUUUUUUUUCUCUCUCUCUCUCGAUGGAUCAUUCUCAUUCAUUUUUAUUUUUAUUUAUACACUUUUAUCGCAUGUGCAAUAACUUUUACACGUGAUUGAACAACAAAACGAAACACAAUUGAUGUUUGAAACAUUGAACAAAGUUUAAGUUUAUUCUCAUUUUCCAGUAUCAUUGGUUCUCAUUUAAAUAUUGUAACCAUUCACAUUGACCAAUAUGAGUGGAGUUUUUUUUCUAAAAAAAAAUACUGUUUUUAAAUUUUGUUAUAAAUAUUAACCUAAACAAAAUUUUUUCAUAAUCUGUUAUAAAUAAAAUAAAUAUUUUAAG